AUGUUUAGCUAUAACGAUGACCUUCGCUGCGCAGAAUGCAGACUUGUCUUCAAUGCCGAUGAGCUAUGUCGACUUGCAGCGGAGGCCGUCAAUCGGAGUCCUGGUGAUAUCGUCCGCAUGCACAAACUAGCCGAGUGUGGGUUUAACCGUACCUUCCUUAUUACGAUGCGCGGUGGCUUCCGAAUGGUGGCCCGUAUUCCGUACCCGGUUUCGAUUCCCAAGUACUUUGCUGUCGCCAGUGAAGUGGCUACUAUGGCUUUACUCCGUUCCUCUGCCUAUACCCGAGGUGUACGGGUACUCACCUACGUCAGACAACGCGGCAGGGACCGAGUAUAUCUUCAUGGACGAGGCACUAAAUUAAGCGAUAUAUGGUUUGACCUAGGAGAAGGGGAAACCAUUUCAAUUUCACGCCAACUUGCUGAACUUGAGUCGAAAAUGACGUCGAUUGCUUUCCCGGGUGGCGGAAGCCUUUACUAUACUGAAGACUUGAAGAAUGCAGCCGGGAGCGCCUCUUGGUCUACCAGGCCGGGCAUCACACUAGAGGACAACCGUUUCUGCGUCAGUCUGGAUACAAGUGUGCGCCUAUGGUAUGGGAGAAGAUCACUGCUCGACUUGGAUCGAGGAUCAUUUAGGGGAGGGCUACCGUGUCCUGUCGUGUUUGACCCCGAUGGCGUACAUGGGACGAUGGAGCUCGAUGCAGAACAGACAGAAGCGGACGAUGUUCUAGAGGCAUGCUGGAACGUGAUCGGCUUUGGACCGGAGGGCUGGGUGCCCGUCGAGCACUAUGAACAGGCUAUGGCGAUUAGCAAGAAGCUGAAGGAGGAUGCAUUAGCGGCGGCAGAGUCGGAGGAGGAACAGGCUCAGGUCGCGGCGCACUGGCCCUUUGACGACAUGGAUGAAGAGGAAUACAUGAAUGAAUCGAGCUAG